AUGUCAAGAGCAGGUCAAAUACCUCUUGUUAGGCAGUUUCAGGUUGGUAUUUCUAUUCUUGAUGCUAGGGCUCUACAAAAUAUUAUACCCUCUCGGCCUCUAGUUUCUAUACAAGAAGAUAAUCUUCUUCGAACUCAAAACUAUUGUGUCGGCCCCACUAGAUACUGCUCAAAAGCUGCGAGAAGAUUUUUGUUCGGUCAAUCAGAAACUGUUCAUCCAGAUCAGAUAAAGGAAAAGAUCGAAAGCUUGGUCGUCAAUCGAGAUGUGGUUCUUGUGGUUUAUGAUGGCUACCACGAUGUGUGGCUUCUAAACGAGCUCAAAGUCAAGCUGGAACCAGUUGCCAUAGUGGACCCGCAAAAAGCUGCUUAUAAUAUACUCCAAUUGCAGUAUCGGAAAAGCCUGAACGACCUCUUGAUAGAACUAGAUUGCCCCUUCAAUUUCUUGCAUAUAGCAGGGAACGACGCGAAUUUCACACUUCGGGCUCUCUUGAUGAUUGCAGUAAGAGGUUCUCAUGGCAAAAGUCUUAACGAUUCACAGCAGGCCAUUCUAUCAGCUGCACAGGCAAUUGCACAAUCCACUGGGCCAGAUAAGUGGCAUGAAAAAUGGGACCGUGUUCUGGAAGAGGCAAAAAAUUACUACGCCGAACGCGAGGAGAUUAAUCGUCAGAAAAAGGUGAAGAAAAAGGCCAAAAAAGCAGCGCGGAAGGCAAAAUUGGCAGCAGAAGGUCAUUGGUCCUCAACCAAGAGCGGACGCCAAGAGUUCUGGGCGAAGCCGGAGAACGCAUAUAAGAGGCGCCAGCCAGACCACGGAAUCAACCAGGCCAGACUGUCCUGA